UGGAAAGAAUGUGGUUGACUUCAUUUAAAACACUUUAUUUUUAAUUAAACAGGUUGUGAUUUUGAGACUUAGUCCCUCCACACAAUGGAAACAGCAAGCACUCAAUGUAAAGUACAUCGGUGUUCUAAAUGUCCGGGAGGCACAGAGUACUAUUGUGUAUCGUGUCCAUGUGAUCUGUGUCCCCAGUGUAAAGAGAACCAUGUAAAAGAUCUCCAAACAAUAGACCAUGAUGUUGUGUCACACCGUGAUAAAAUCAACUACAUCCCAACACAAGAGAUCUGCAUGAGACAUCUUUACAUCUUUCUUGAGAUGAACUGUGAAAAUUGUGAACUCCCUGUCUGCUAUCAUUGUUCAGAACAUAAAACACAUUCGCGGAUAAAUCUUACGAGACUAUAUCAAGCAAAGCGACAACAACACAGAGGAACCAUUCACACCAUCAGAAGUGAGGCUCUCUUUUACAGACCUGUUCUCCUGCCACGAAUCAAAACUGAUUUCAAAACCUGUCGCACACAAUUAUCCCUCUAUCAUUCAGAGAUGUUAACAAAGGCCCAGACACUGAAGCAGUUCAUUGACUAUAUUCAAAACGAUUUCAUGUGUAAUGUGUUCUGUGACUUUGAUUUCAAACACAGAUGUUUAAAACAGCAGAAAGAAAUGAUCAUACACAUUGUCAGCCUACAGAGAUAUGUAUACAUAUAUGAACAGAGGAGAGUAAUCAGACCGCUACAAUUCCUCUCCUCCAUAAAGACAGCCCUCCCCCAGAUACAUCCUACACUCCACACCAGCCAGCUCUCCAUGACUGAGUCACUCAACAAGGAGGAUGUAAUGGAGUCACUGAGUGCAAUCCAAAUCACAGAGAGAGGAAACCGAUGCGUAGGAAACCAGUGUCUGCUGAAAGUGACGUCUGGUCCUGAGUUCCAUCAAUCUAUCACAGUGACAGGUGUUGAUCGUUGUUUACACAUUUCCUGUGUGACAUCAGACCAGGUCUGGGUCAGUGACAAAAACAAUCUCAUCUUGACAGACACAACAGGUGUCCCUCUACAUCGUGUGGAGGAUUUAUGUAGUGGUUUAUAUGUAGGUAAUGGAUUACACACAGUGAACAGUGAGAGUGAACUGAUUUACAUAGAUAGAAAUGAAAACAUCAACAAACUGUCAAAGGAUAUGAAAACAACCACCACAUUUAUAGAGAGAACAGACUCUACAUGGAGACCACGGUGUGUGUACUGGUCCCCGUCCACUGGGGAUAUACUGGUCGGGAUGUGGUAUUUACGUCGAAAUACAGACAAGGUAACCCGGUACAACCAGAGCGGACAACUCACACAAAUCAUACAGCACGACAACACAGGACGGCGACUGUAUAGAGAACCUAACUAUAUAACAGAGAACAACAAUGGGGAUGUCGUGGUGUCUGACUAUGACUAUGAGUCUGGUGCUGUAGUGGUGACAGAGCGUGGAGGAAGACAUCGUUUCUCCUACACAGGACCUCCAUUAGGAUCAGGACUAAGGCCAUAUGGAAUUUGUACCGACGCGCUGUCACACAUCCUGGUGUGUGAUGGUACAACCAAAACAGUACAGAUGUUGGACAAGGACGGUCAGUUCCUGUCACAUCUACUGACAAAAUCACAAGAGAUGGCUGAACCAUGGAGCCUGAGUUAUGAUGUCAACACUCACCGUCUCUGGGUCGGAUCAGGGUGGUUCAACAACAAGGUGUGUGUCUACAGGUAUAUCACCACACAGGACGCUCUGACAGAUCAAAGUCGUUUGAUGGAGUCACUGAAUGGAAUCCCAACCCCAGGGACAGAAAAACCACAGCAAGGAAACCAGUGUCUGCUGAAACUGAUGUCUCCCCCCGAGUUACUUCACUCUCUCACAGUGACAGGUGUUGAUCAUUGUUUACACAUUUCCUGUGUGACAUCAGACCAGGUCUGGGUCAGUGAUAGAAACCAUCUCAUCUUGACAGACACAACAGGUGUCCCUCUACAUCGUUUGGAGGAUUCAUGUCGUGGUCAUGGAUUCCACACAGAGAACAGUGAGAGUGAACUGAUUUAUAUAGAUAGGAAUGAAAACAUCAACAAACUGUCAAAGGAUAUGAAAACAAUCACCACAUUUAUAGAGAGAACAGACUCUAGAUGGAAACCACGGUGUGUGUACUGGUCCCCGUCCACUGGGGAUCUACUGGUCGGGAUGCAUUAUAUACCUACAAACACAGGCAAUGUAACCCGGUACAACCAGAGUGGACAACUGACACAGACCAUACAACACGGCAACACAGGACGGGGACUGUAUAGAGAACCUAACUAUAUAACAGAGAACAACAAUGGGGAUGUCGUGGUGUCUGACUAUGACUAUGAGUCUGGUGCUGUAGUGGUGACAAAGCGUGGAGGAAGACAUCGUUUCUCCUACACAGGACCUCCAUUAGGAUCAGGACUAAGCCCAUAUGGAAUUUGUACCGACGCGCUGUCACACAUCCUGGUGUGUGAUGGUACAACCAAAACAGUACAGAUGUUGGACAAGGACGGUCAGUUCCUGUCACAUCUACUGACAAAAUCACAAGAGAUGGCUGAACCAUGGAGCCUGAGUUAUGAUGUCAACACUCACCGUCUCUGGGUCGGAUCAGGACCAUGGUGGGACAACAAGGUGUGUGUCUACAGGUAUAUCACCAGACAGGACGCUCUGACAGAUGAGCACAGACCCCGGCCUGAUGGGGAGGCCAUGUUCAGCUCAUCAGCCGUAGAAUGGAGAUAGCUUGGAUAUUGACAGGUUGUAAAUGUUUCUGUACAAAUCUGGUCUGCUCUCAAAACCACACGUGUUGUUUGUCACUUUGUUCAACAUCUGCAGAUGAAAUUGACCUGUGUAUAAUUCCCAUGGACUGUAAUACUGACUCCUGUUUAUUUCACACUUUGUGAUCAUCCAAA